GAUUACUCACACGCCACAACAAGGAGCACUUUUCUCCCCUGAACUCUGGAUAUCCACUCAUCAUGUGCCGCGGACUGGAAUCGCUUCCCGUCACCUGCCUGGAGAGGGCCAAGGAGCUUAAAGCUUUGUUUGGAAGCUUGCUUCAGAAGUCGGACCACAGCGUCAGUGGGCAGAGCAAGAAGUUUGAGAAGCUACGAGCCAACGUGGAGGAGCCACUAAACUGGAAGGAUUCCUUUGAGAAGCUGCUGUCCAGCCAAAACGGGCUUUGCUUGUUCAGAGCGUUCCUGAUAUCUGAAUUCAGCGAGGAGAACAUUUCCUUCUACCUGGCAUGUGAGGACUACAGGAGCUCCAAACCGUCCAAAAUGGGCGGAAAGGCCAAGAAGAUCUUUGAAGAAUUCAUCAGCAGCGAUGCACCAAGAGAGGUCAAUCUGGAUCAUGUUACAAAAGCCAUCACCAAGGACAACCUGGAGCAUCCGAGCCAGUCCACUUUUGACCUGGCCCAGGCGAAGAUCUACACCCUGAUGGAGAAGGAUUGCUACCCUCGCUUCCUCAAGUACUUGUCCCUGCAGAAAGGCCAAGACCGAGCGGCUGACCUGAUCAAAACAUACCCGCCAGUCUCCAGAGAAGUGUGACCUACCGGGGGAACAGCGCUGACAAGCACCGGCUGAAUCAGUCGCCUCUUACCUGGCUUUGAGCUUCAGAGGACCAGAGCCCAAAAAAACCAAGACUGGGUGGAGUCCAGAAUAAAAAAGCCUGCACUGUACAUACGGACGGAUGAGACUCCAGGAAGAAGCAGAGGGCCGUCGAAAACACACAACUAAACUACCACCAGAAGUUCUGCCUUUACGUUAUUUAUUUAACUUAUGUAUAAAGUUAUAUUUGCUGCACAGAUAUGUAUUUAUAAAGUUUGUUAUUUAAAGUAUUACAAGGAUGAAAUAAAUGUAUAAAAGGUGACCUACUUUAUAAAUAAUGUCUCGUCUUCAUACUGAAUUAGUUCAACCCCCGAGGAAGAAGCCUUGACUGACAUCCACGACUCAAAUGAAAUGUUGCCUGGCAAAACACCUCAGCAAUAUAGCAGGGGCUGAAAAAGCUCUUCCAAAUAUAGUCAAAAUAUAGCCUCCCAUAUGGCAUGCUGGGAAGAGAAUGCGUUUGUCGCACAAGUUUAACCAUAAAAAAUGAUGUUUUUAUCGCGGCAAAUACAUAUAUAGUUACUGAGUAGUUGCUGUAAUAUUUUAAAUGAUGGAUGUCUCUGCAUGUGAGUGUCAAGUGUUACACAACCUUUUGAAUCUUAGAAUCUCUUAUGCAGAUGUAAUUCGAUCGCAAGUGGCCCAGCCAUCCGUCUCAUGGAGAAUUUUUCGCUGAGAUCAUUUGUGCGUGUGAGUGAGAUGAAUUGAUUAAAUAUUGAAUCAGUGGAGAUGGUUUGGAUUUUGCCUCCCGACAGACAUGUAGUAUAGAAAUAGAGGGAUGUUGUGCAUUUCAACUGAAGAUAAAAAGACUCACUAGAACAACAAGUGUGUGUCAGUUUUAAUACUGUGUAUCACUGCAGCUUCAUGUAAAUCAUCAAAGUAUGAUGACCUUUGUUUAAAUUUA